AAUGAUCAUCCUGUCUACAACAAUGAAGCUUCAACUCCAACUGCUAACUCUAACUUGGAUCGCAUUAUUACUGUGGAAUGUUGAAGGUUUAAGAUAUCUCAGAGACGAUCUUGUGUCUGAACAGUAUGAUGAAAACAAUAUGACUGACUAUGAACAUGAAGGGAGUAAUGGCCUAUUCAACAAAAAUAGAAGUCAUGAAAUCAAAGGUGAAAAACAUAUUCAUCGAGGUUUAGCACGUUGGGGUGAGGAAUAUCCGUAUGCUACUGACUCGGAACUGUCCACUCAAAAGGAGAUUGAAAGUCAUGAAAGCAAUGAGGCAGAAUAUCAUGAUGAAGCCGAAGAAAAAGGUGGAAAGGAAGAAAGACCGCAAGAUCAAACCGAUGGAGAGCGAGUUGAACAAGAUUACCUCAAUGCAGGACAUCAUCACCAUGAAGGAUUGGUCAACUGGGGACAAUAUAGUGAAUACGAAGAAUAUAAUAAUUCUGUGAUCGAAAAACUUCCUUAUAAUGAUUUGCUGAAAAAUGAUAAUGCGACAUCUGAUUAUUACAUUAAUCUGCUCCCUACAAAAGAAAUCACUCAUCACAGAUCAACUGAAUCAGCUCCAAUAACAACAAGUGAGUCACUAACCAGCAUGGAUAAUCACCACCAUCAUGGAUUCGAGCAAGAUAAUCAUCAUUAUCAUUAUGUCGAUGACAGCAACAAUAGUGAUAAUGUGAAUGACAAAUGGCUGGAUAAACACACUGUUGAUCAUUUAGUUGAUCCGUUAUUAUCAGAGUACUACUUAGCAAACAGUGAGUCAUCAGUUCCAAAUGAAACAAACAAUAACACAAAUCCAAUGACGGUUGAUUCAUUUUGUGCGAAAUGCAUUAAAUGGCAACAGUUACAUUCAACUUUACCCUGCAUAUUAUAUCCAUUAAAUUUUGAUAUACCAGGACAAGUAAAUCAAAGCAAAUUGAUUUAUGUUUAUGCAAUGCGGAAAAUAGUUGCUCAAAUUAAUAAAAGCCUUCAUGAAUUACUGCUAGACCUGCAGCUAUAAGGAUUAUGUAUAUGGGUGCAUGAAUCAAAUAUUUUGAUUGGUGAACAGAACUAAUAAAAAUAUAAAAUGACUUUAUCAACGUAGUAUCCUUUGUUACCUUUCGCUACUUAACGAUAAAUACAGGUAGCAU